CGUUAUCCAUCCGGUUUUGUGAAUGUGAAAACAUUUUUAUCAAAAUUAUGAAACUUGUUAAGUGAAUUAUUCAGGUUUAGUGAAAAUGAUUCGGUGAAAAUUUGACAUAGUGUUGAUACAUGUAACGUAGAAACAAACUGAAGAUGCGUUGGACAUAUCAUUACUGACAAGAAGCUUAGGAGAAAGUCGGUUUAAAAGUGACAAGUCCCUGAUUUGUGCACACGUGUUGGCAGAAGUGGACUAUGGUCACUGUAUAUUAAAUUUCCAAUUACUGUACUUCACCAUAGAAAAAUACAAUAAUGGCUGGUCAAAGCAACCAGCAAUUUUCUGGUCUGGGUUACACCAGUACAAGUUAUAAAGACAAAAUGAAGCAAAUGAGUGAACAGGAGAGAAUGAUUGAAGAGAAGAAGAGAACAAUAUUGGAAAAGUUCAAAACAGAAACGAAAACAGCUUCAACACCGUCACCUGCAUCUAAACCAGUUGGAAUGCCAUUAAUUGGAAAACGCCCAGGGUUUAAACCAUCCAGUUUUAGUAGCAAAAAGCCUAAAACUGCAGAAACAACAACAGUUAGCUCCUCACCGAUUACAUCAGCACAUAGCUUCUUUGCAAAUGAUGGAAAUUUCCUGGACAGAUUUAAGCAUAUGAAAGGGUCUAAAGCAUCCUCUGGAGCAAAGACAAAAUCAUCAGAUAGUGCCAAAUCUACAGACAUACAGACCGAAUCCAGUUCAGCACCUGCUUUGUCAGGGACUAAGGACAAUGAUUCUGUAAAAGCUGAGCCUAUGUCACCAACAGAGACAAACAUCAAAGUGGAAAGCACUCCCAUUAAAAGUGAACCUGUUAUGUGGGUACCAACCCAACCAAUUUCGGAGGCUUCCAGUAUCAAUCAAGGACAGUGGGCAACAGCUGGUGUGAAAACAGAGUCCAGUGUUUUAUCAGUAGGGAAUUGGAAUCAAGCUGUAAAAUCAGAGGUAGGGCAAAUGCCACCACGACCACAUCCUCACAGUGGUAAUAUGCAGGGACCAGAAUUCAAUCCAAACUUCAGUAAAUCUGUGACUUUUCCCACACAGCCUCGACCUCCAGGUCCACCAAUGUUGCCAGCACAGCAGAACAUUGCAGGGCCUCUUCAUCGAAUGCCUGUUGAGCCACAGAAUGGGGGUGGUCCAUAUGGACCGCCACACGGACCGCCACACGGUCUGCCACACGGUCCUACAGUUGGCCCCCCUCCUACAUCUGUCUCUAGUCCCUUUCCCCCUACUUCAGUAGCUAGUUCCUUCCCUCCCCAACCUCCUCAGCCAAUGCCCCAUCAGCAUCUCCAAAUGCCCCAGGUAACAUUGGCUCCUCCCCCUCAAAUAUAUGGCACAUCUCAUCAGGUGGUGCGAGCACCCCAACCUCCACAGCCUCCAAUGAUUAGACCUGGUCCUCAGCCACCACCCCUUGUCACUCAAAAUCUUCACCCUGGUCCCCCACCACAUGGUCCCUCUAUGUAUGCUGUGGCAAGACACCAGCCCCCACACCCUCCGGAGGUGUCUGCCUAUGGAACAGUUCAGCCCCCACUCAGACAUUCCCAUCCUCAGUCAGUAAAUGAUUAUGGUUCCCCAGUCCAGCAACCUCCUCAGCCUCGACAGCCCUAUCCCCCACCUCCACCACCCCGGCCCCCAGCUCAGGAAAUCAACUCUUAUGGGCAGCCUAUCCAGCAACCACAUCAACAGGAAAUGAAUUUAUAUAGCACAGCUCAGAACAGAGCUCCACCCCCUCCACCCCAAACACAGUACCCUGGUGCCCCUCCCCAAAUCUCGCACCCUCAGUCCCAGCCCCCACCCCCUCAUCCCUUCAUGAGUCAACCUCAUUUAGCUCCUCGUCAUCCACUGGUGCCUGGUCAUCCCCCAUCUUGCCCCCCAGGCAGGCCCCCAAACCUGCCCACACAUACAACUGUGUCUAGUCAGGUUCCACCUCACCCCCCAGCCCCUGUACAGAUGCAUAUACAUCCUCGACCCCCACAGAACUUCGGUCCUCCAGGACAAAACUUACCGCCACCACCAGGGAUUGACAUGUUCCCCUCUGCUCCUCCUCCUCCUCCCAUCAGUGAUCAGAGGAACCAGCGACAAUCCUCAGAGAGUGAAUAUGAUCCAUCCAUGCCGACAGAAUCGGAAUCACCAGUUAAACUCAAUUAUGAAAUGAGAAAAGAGAAUUCUCCACCUAGGCAACCACCACAGAAAAUGAAGAUGGGUGACAUGUUUGAUUUACCAGAACCUGAAAAACAAUCGGUGAAAAGAGAGAAUGAAGUUUAUCCACCAGAGGACCCGCACCUACGAGAAACUAUUGAAAGAUUUGCAGUCCAAGUCGCAGAGAAUGGUUCCGAGUUUGAAGGAAGAACCAUGUGCGAAAAUGUCAGCAACCCUUCAUAUUGGUUUCUGUUCAACCAAAGCAGUGAUGCCUACAAGUUCUUCCGUCAGCAGGUCAAACAGUUGACGAGAUGCAUGGGACGACUGGAUGAUGGAAACGAGGGAGACAUUGAAGAUGUUGAAGGAAUGGAGAAGAGGGGAGAAAAACUGAGGAAGAAGCGGAGGAGUAGAUGGGCUGAUUCAGAAAGCGGAGGUGAUGCCGGUUCAAGCCAGUCUGCUUCUUCUCAAGACCCUUCAGAGGCAGGGCCAGCAACUUCCAAACCGCAGCAUCCUCCCCAGGUGACUCUUCAAGACUUCGCCAGAAAAAUGGUCGGCAGUGACACUCUCAAUGAAGAUCAGAUUCAGCAAAUCAAAGAACAGCAAGAGUUGAACAUGAUGUACCAGUUGAUUCUGGCCCAAAAGAAAGCCAAGGAAGCAGCCAUGAUGGCCGAGCUGCCGGGGAUGAAGGCAAGCCAGAAAUACGAGUACGACUCUGAUGAGGACACCGAGGGAGGCACAUGGGAGCACAAAAAACGCUCAAAUGAAAUGUUAGCCACCAGAGAAUGGGCUGAUUCUUUGACUGAAGCAAACAGAGGAAAACAUUUCAUUGGAGACUUCCUUCCUCCUGCUGAACUGGAGCGCUUUAUGGAGACAUACAGGGCUCUACAGGAAGGACGUGAGCCAGACUUGUCAGACUACAAAGAGUUCAAGAUCACCUGUGAAAACCUUGGGUACCAGAUGUUACAAAAGCUGGGCUGGAAAGAAGGGGAGGGGCUAGGACCAGAGGGACAGGGCAUCACUCAGCCUGUCAAUAAAGGUAACCAGUCUGUAGAAGGAAGGGGGCUUGGCACAGAGCGCCCUGCAAACCUAAGCCGAGACGAUGAUGAGUAUGAUGCCUUUCGUAAACGGAUGAUGUUGGCUUAUCGCUUCAGGCCAAACCCUCUGAACAAUCCCAGGAGACCAUACUACUAAGUUUUGUAGGGAUUACAAGAUGGACUCGCCUUGUAGUGCUAUUUAAAAAAAUGACAAUACACCUGGUAUUCUAGACGUGAAGAUGGAAAAAGAUUUUACUGCAAGCUGUGUCAUCAUUUAAGUAAAAAAGAUCACUUAUAACAACUGAUAGAAACUGUCCUCAAUGAUUGUGUUAUUCCAAUUUUAGAGUGCAAUACUUGUUGAAUGUAAACAAAGGCUGAAAAAAAUAGAAUAACAUCAUAGAAUGAUAUAUUAGGAAAACAGUACAAGAUUGCUGUAAUGCUUCCAGUAUUUUCAUUUAUUUUCUUCAAACUUUCCUCUUUAAUAGAUAUCGCAUCACUAUGAGAAUCAACGUGUGUAAACAUGUGUGUUUGGCAUCACGGUGAUCACCUCAUUACAAAAUACUAGUUGAAGUUAAAAUAGAUUUUUAAAAUGUCUGAUUUGUCAGUAUUCUAAACAAAAGUUGUUAAUUUGUAACAAGACAUCUCCUGGUAAAUACUACAAUCUGGACACAUUGAUUUCGGACAAAAUGGAACGGGAAUUGGCACUUUCUGAAAUAUGUUUUCAAAUAAAGUUGGUAAAAAGUAGGUUUUAUAUGGGAUUACUUGGUAGAUUAACAUAUUUCUGUUGUUAAUAAUUCACUGGAAAAAAAGGUGAAACUUAUUAAGCAAUCAAGAAUUACAUCCAGUAUUAUUAUGGUGCUGAAAUACAGUCUAUGAUUAAUAUAUGUAAUGUGAUUAUUUUUCUUUAAAAAGAUCGAGUUAUAAAAUAUAAUUAAAAGUUAACAACAGAUUUAAGAACACAAUUGUUACUAUUUUCAUUAUUGAAAUAUAGAUAAUACAUUUUUUUUCACCUUUCUUAUAUAAGUUUAAUUCGAGGCCUGGAUAGCACCACUUGUACUGUGUUGGCCUUCAGUAGGUCAUGAGUUCAUUGUCAGACUUAAAUCAAUAUUGAUAAAGAAAAUCCUGUGGAUAUCAAAAUGUUGAAAUUUCCAGAUAACCAGUCUUCAUUUACUACUGAGUAAUUUGUUUGGGGACCAAGUUUGAAAGCCUACAUUUGUUUUGUUAUUUUUGGGAUACAUUGUGUCCUGUUAUGAAAUUUUCAAAGAUAUUGAGUUUAUGUGGUAAACGUCUAAUGGCACAGUCAGCUUUUAUUAAACGUUACAUUAUUGUGUUUGUAUAUUGAUGAAGCUUUGAUAAAAUGCAAACAGUUGAUUUGUGUUCAUUUAUGCAUGAUAGUGUUUACAAAAAGACCUGAUUUUGUCUUGUAGGUUCAUUUCAUCUUUAAGCACCUACAGUGAAAUGAUUUGUAAAUGGUAACAAAGAAACUCGGAUAAUGAUGCAGCAUGGAUUACUAACGUUAUACCAGAUUUUAAGAUAUAGGUUAAGGCCAUAUGUGACAUAAUUGUCACAAAAUAUUUAGGAUAAGAUCAAGAAUGUUUUAACAGAGACGGUUAAAGAUCACAGUUAUAAUGUGAAAGGUAGCAUAUACCAUAUCUUAAACUCUCACAAAAACCACAGGUACAAUGUGUAUUACUAAGUAUGUAUCAGUUACGUUUAUCCUGAAUACAUGUGUAAGGUAGCACCUUAACACUAACGUCAAUCAAAAGUUUUAUGUGCAAGGUUGCCUACAUUCUGAACUCUUCAUACAAAUCAGUAGUAUAAUGUGUAAGGUAGCAUAUAUCAUUUACUCUAACAGAAAUUGUAUCAUUUACUCUAACAGAAAUCACACAUUUCAUUACAAGUAUUUAUUUUGUUUUAUUGUGCAAUGUUUUGUGUUUGGAUUAUUUGAUUCACAAUACUAAUUAUAUAAUGUUGUCUAGGUAAAACAUGUUUUUCUUUCCUUUUUACCAGGGGCUACAUUGUUUAUAUGAAAGCUAAUAAAAGGCCCCAGACGAGAUACAUAUUGGUAUGCUAUGAUUAAAUUUAAAAAAUAAUCAGAAGUGAUGAGGAAAAAUAAUCUAUAACCUGCAGCUGAGCAAGAUGGGUCUGUCUUGGACCAAGAAUCUGUAACAUCCCAACCUCGGCUUAUGUUACAAAAUCUUUGCCCUCUACUGAGAUAACCCAAUCUUUCUCAGUUACAAGUUAUAGAUGGUGUUAUCCCUUAUAAUAGAAAAAAUAGAUGUCAACCAACAUUUUUGCAGCACUGUGAAAUGAACUCAUUAUAAACUUGUGCUUCGAUAAAAACAAAAA